GUAGAGAAAGAAGAGGUUACAUUUUAACUGCACUGACACAGCUGUGAAAUACGCAGGGAGAAAACCUGAAACACAUCCGAGCCACAACAACAGGUUUGGAAAAGCCUGAAUGCAAGUGUGGCCCCUGCAGGCCCAGGUGUACACCCCACACCGGCAUUCUGCAGCAGAGGCAAUUCCUUCCCAGGACUGGCAGUGAACACGGGUGAGAGUGCCGCCCCAAAAGUCCCUGUCCAGGAUCUCCUGCUCAUCACCAGAACAAAAGCAGUGGUGGUAGGUGAAGAGAAGCAUCAGCAGCACCAGCAGCACAGGUUUUGCUGGGAGGGUCUGGGUGUCUUGGAGCGAGGCAGAGUAAGGCACAGUGGGGGCUGCAGCAUCCAGAGACCAUCCUGCUGCAUUAAAGAUGAGCAGCUGCUCCAGCACGGCUCUCCACUGCAUCUUAGUGUGGCCAGUGGUUCAAAAUAAACCUGAUAUCCGCUUUCUGGAAGAGACCAGUAUCAAAAACACUAUACCCAUAACACCAUGAAUGAUGUUAAUAUAAUGUUUUUUGCAAAAAGAAUUAAUUCAGCAACAGGGCAGAAGAAAGAAGCUUAUAUGGGCUUGUGGCUGGGGCAGCUCCUCUUUAAAGGAUUACACCAGUGCUGUGCAGACUGCAUUUCUCAAGCCAAUAAUGGGAGAGCAGAACAUAAAGUAGGUGUAAUUCCCCCAUUUUAAAUUUUUUUUUAGUAUCUUUACAUAAAAAUGGGUUAACACCCAGAGUAUCCCCUUAAAUAAAGGCUCUUCAACAAAACAAUGAGAGGCUGAACUAUUUUUGGUGGCCAAAAUAUUCAAAUACCUUUGCCCAAUCACUCCCAACAUAUGUAUUUUUUAUUUUAAGAGCCAAAAAACCAAACUGAAAUCUCAGGACAUCUUACCACAUGUGUGCUGGCAAGGCAGCAUUCAGACCCCACUGCCACAAACGAAAACACAAUGAUGAUGCCACAAAGUUUUGGAACAAGGAGCACCCCUUUCCCAGUCAGCUUUCCACUGGCAGCAGGAUGUAUUUGUGAUAUUUAAGGAUUCACUUACGCACAACACUAUGAAAGAAGAGUCAGGAAAACUUUGCAGAGGGAUUAAACAGAUUUUUUUUAUUUUUUUUUCUACUUUUGUACAAAAGUGACAAAGUACGUGAAAGGCUUUGCUCAAAUUUCAUGAUUCAGGGGAGAAAUAAUACAAACAAAAAAAAAAAAAAAAAACCACAAAGGGAAAAAACAACCCAAACAAAAAGGAACCCAAAGAAAGCGUGUGCACAAGUACAUUUCCAUCCCACUCCGCAGGGGUUACCAUGUGGGGAUGCCCGGAGGGAGCCGCGGCCCGCCCCGCUCCCGGCUGGGACAAACCCCGGGAUCGGCGUCUGUGGGCCGGGAAGCGGGCAGGGGGCAGCACCCGGGACAAAUCCCGGGAUCGGCGGCUGUGGGCCGGGAAGCGGGCAGGGGGCAGCACCCGGGACAAACCCCGGGAUCGGCGGCUGUGGGCCGGGAAGCGGGCAGGGGGCAGCACCCGCGCGCCCUCAGGCGCCGCCGCCGCCAUUUCGCGGCCGCCCCUCCGCCGCCAUCUUGCGACCGCAGGGCUGAGCCCGAUCUCGGGGAUGGAUCUCUGGGAUGGAUCCCUGGAUGGAUCCCUGGCACUGCCUCGGGGAAGGGGAACCGUGGGGAACGUGGCCCUCCGAGCCUGAGGGGACACAAACGGAGCCCCUUCCGCAAGGAGCGGGGGCAGCCAUCACCCGUGGCUGCUGUUUCACCAUCCCAGCCUGGGUUUGAGGGAGCGGGGUUAUCACAUUGUGUCCUACAAGCAGGGCUGGAAAUUCAAGUUGAACCACGGCUAUCCCAAGCUGCCCAGGCCCUGUCCAUGGGUGGACAAGGGCCAAAGAACCAAGGCACAGUGUCCCACUACACCCCUUGUUGUGUGGGCUCUUCCACAGUCCCCCGCCUUGUCCACCACAGCCCUCACGGGUGGUGGUGCCACACACAUGACCUGCAGCGGGGCCAUGGCCAUAACCUGGGGUCUACACCCAUCAUCCAUGGUGCUGUGACACACAUGACCUGUGGUGGUGCCACAGCCAUAUCCCAUGGUGGUGCCACGCUGCUCCUGGGAAUGGCACUCCAGCAGCUCUGGGGACAGAUGGUGUCCAUGGGCAGGGCUCGACAGGACACCAUCCCACCGAGCCUCCACAAAGGAAUGGGAUCUGGAGGCAUCCAAACCUCUGCUGUCACAACAUAAGUGGCAACAUCAGGCUCUGCUGAUGCAUGUUGGUGUCCCGUGUCCCACAGGGACACACAGAAGAGGAAGACAGUUUUUCCUUCAAUCAGAUUUCUGAGGAAUAGCUGGAAGGAAUUUUAACAGCCCAGGCAAGACUGAGGCCAGACAGCUCUGACAGUAUUUGUUUAGAGGCACAACAGUAAUUAGUGUCCUCCCUCUCUGGAGCUCUUUGUUCCUCAAAGCCUUAAGCUUUAUUUCAAGGACACAGGGACACAGGCUCUCUACACGUCAAGAGCCAUAAUUCAUGUGCUUUAUCCACAACAUUGUAUGAACACUGUAAUUCUUUUUUUUCAGGCUGUGAACUGUGUUAUCUGAAAAGAGAGAGACUUCUCUGGUGGCAUACACAUCUGUAUGUGCAGAUAUUUGCCUGCACACCUGCUUCCCCUACUAAGGAAAGAGACACAGAUGAGAAGUGGUUAUGUCCUUUUGAAGGCUGUUGCAAAUAAUUUUAUUUUUUUUUUUAUUAAGGAACAAUCUGUUAUUGAGGCAAAAUAAGUGUUUAUCUUCUUUUCUAUGUUGAUCAGAUAAAAAAAUAACUGAAUGGCCUGUUUUCAUAGAAGAAUGCUUUCUAACUGUCACUGGGACAGUCAGGAAGCAUUUCUACCUGUCAACAGAAUAUAAUGUAUUAGCAACAUUAGAUGUCAAAUCAGGCCUAACGCUGUAUAUACCUGGAGACCUAAGUCCUCUUUUCAGAAGUUAUUUCUGGAGUUUGUCCUGGUUUAAUGCCCCUGAGUCAGCAUCCAAACAAGACCUACUUCCAAUUAACUAAAAGUGAGAAAUAAGCUAUAAUUAAUUGUCACAAAAAUCACAAUUCAGCCAGACCACCCUCCUCCAAAAACACCCAUGAACAUCAAAAGAAAGCAACAGAUGGACCACUGGUAAUUUCCUUGAAGCGAGAAACUCCUAAAAAUGUUGAGAUCUGCAAAGACUCAGCCAAAUCCAUUCCUCUGGUUUCUAAGAAAUACUUUAGGCUGUAAGUCUGGUUUAAUUAAGAGCCUGCUCCUGACUUGAAGGGGAGCAAAACUAAAUCAUUCCUUACCAAGAAGGACAUGAUCCUUCCAAGAAGUAAGUAGCUGAAAGGCAGCGAUAAGACCCUUUACAGUGAGACAUCUGAGUUUAAAAGGCAAUUACCACAUGCCUGAAGCCUCCAGACUUUGCAUUUAAUAUUUCACAUGUGAAUUCCUUUUAUAGAGGAUCAUCUUUGCAAACAGCAAAUAAUUUUCUAAGUUCUCAGUAAGAACAAACAGUAGAAAUGCUUCCAGAAGGUGUGAGACAGCUGAAAAAAUGACCCCAAUACACAUUUGUGAAACCAAGAACUGACUGGGGAAUGGCUCUAACUGGGACCAUUCUGCCCCAGUGUUUAAAAUGUGGCCUUUGAGGGACAGAACUUGAAUUCAGCAGGGGAAUAAAGGAGGAUUAAUAACCCAAGACUCUCCCACAAGCAAAGCUCCUCCCAGCUUUAAGAACGGUGGCGAAUGUUUUGAAUCUAAACAAGUUUGAAUCCAAACAGCAACAUUCCACUGGGCUUCGCAAGCUCUGCAGGGAUUCGGCACCAGCAAAACCACCCUGUGAAAGCUGGAGAAGGACCUUGGCAGAUUAUCCCAUGGCUGGAUAGCAUCAGGGGCUGGAUGACAGCAGGAACCGUUAUAUUUAACUCCUGUGCAUUGCUGGCCCAGCGUCAGAGUGCUGUGGGUAAGUGACACCCAGGUGCACAUCAGCAGCUCACUGACAAUGAAUGCCCCGGGCAGGUGGCUGGGACACAGCCCCUCCCCGCUUCCAUCCCUGCUCACCCUGCAGCCCAUGUUCCCAGCACUGGCUGGAUGUGCGGGGCUUCCUGAUAACACACCUGGACAGCCCAGAGAAACAGCAGGUCACCGCUGGCUUCAGCCCAGGCAGGACCAAGCCUUUACAGUAACAGGAACAGUGGAAAUAAACCGCACUUGGCAGUGCAGGUGAGUUGCAGAAAGGACAAUGCAACAAUAGCUUGGACUCAAUGAUCUCAGCGGUCUUUUCCAAUCUCUUAGAUCCUGGGAAGGGGCUGAGCAGCCCAGGGUUGGAGGAGCUGCUGGGUCAGCCCAAUUCUUGUUCCCACAGCCCCACUGGCCUCGACAGGACCAUGGCAGGGCCCAGACCAGGGGUGUAUGGCAGAGCCAACUCUAUCUGAGAGGAGCUCCUGGGCCCCCACAGCUCUUCAGCUCAGGCUGCCGGCUACCACUCCCAUCCACCAGCAGAACCCACCUGAGAUUUACUCCAAAGCACAGAGCAGCAAGGCCAGUGCAGGCCACCAACUUAAAACUAUUUAAACAGGUCUUCCUAAAGUGACCUGUACAAACUGUGGGACACACAAGCACGGUGACAAACCACAGAAAGGGCAAACACAUCGACAGAGAUGAGGACUGGCUGUUAAACAUUUCCUUUGACUAUCUGAUCUAUAAAUGUGAUGUUCCCAAUUAUGAAGAGAAGCUAUUUACAAGAGCAUGUAGUGACAGGACACAGGGGAAUGGCUUCAAACUGAAAGGAAGUAGGUUUAGAUUAAAUAUUAGGAAAAAAUUCCUUACUGUGAGCUUGCUGAGGCACUAGAGCAGGUUGUCCAGACAGGUUGUGAGUGCCCCAUUCCCUGGAAGCACUUGAGGCAGGUUGGAUGGGGCUCUGAGCAGUCUGGUCUAGGGGAAGGUGUCCCUGCCUAUGGAAGGGAGGUUGGAAUGAGAUGACCUUUGAGGUCUCUUCCAACCCAAACCCUUCUCUGUUUCUGUAUAACCAUAUAUGAAAUGGCUACAUAUAUUGCAAAUACAAACAAGCACAUCAAUGUUGAUAUGUGCACUCAAGUCACAGGGUAGCUGUAAAAAGGCACUAAACUAAAUUUAACCUUUAGGCUAAACAAGCCAGGGAGAAGAACACAAGAUGGGUUCUAGUUAUAGAUCACUAGAUAAAGAGAAGAUAAUAUGGGUACCACGGAGGACUGAGCAAAUACCACAGUAAUCACAGACAAGACCAUACAGACACAGCACAUGGAGUGUGCAAGAGAGCCAAGCAAAGGACAGAUUGUGACACUGAACAUAAAUAAACUCAUUCCUAACUUUUUCAGUUCCCUUGAUUUUAGUCUGAAAGUCUACUAAAAAGUGAUUGGUGCUUGCUUGUAUCUCAAGGCUAAGAUUUUCUUAGUGAGAAGCCUUGAGAAGGGUCAUUUGGUGAAAGAGCUUUUCCCAGUUUAUUUCCUGCAGGAAAAAGUAGAAAUGGGGGGAAGGGAAGGAAGAAAAAUACUCCUUCUCCUCUACUCUCCAUACCUAUGCAUGGUACUUUCACACAUUGAUCUUUGAGCAAGAACUUAAAACUAGAAUAUCCUAAAUACAACCAGGCUCCUCAUACUGUUUAGGAGUGAGUCUCAAACAACUUUGAAUACUCAAAAUAUGAUUUGUCCAAAUCUGGGCCAGCUUUAAAGGGGCACAAUAAAUUCCCACGGUGAUAGGGCUGGCCCUUCCAGAUUACCAACAAGUUCUUCAAAGCAGCGUAAAAAUAUUUCCCUAAGCUCAUUUUAUGAUCAGAAGCUUUUUUUUCCCCCUUAAACAGGCAUGUGAGAAGUUCUCAUGGAGAAUCCACACUUCUCCCACCUGUGCCUGCAAAUUUCCAGCCUAUUCUGGCUACUGCUACUUACCCCAGCACAGGACUCCCAAAUGCCAAAGGCAGAGCUAAAUAUAUCCCUCACUGCUCUGCUGCAGCUCAGCAAAGCACAUUGGGCUAUCCUAAAUGAUACAGACUUUCCAAAAGCUGGUGGUUUUUUUUCUUCCAUUAGGAAGACACUAUGUUGUGUUUGCAUUAGCAAGCAAAAAGAGCAAUUCAUUCAUGAUGGGGAGAGCUGGCUCUCUCGCUCUCUGAUCUUUAAGCCAGAGGCUGCAAAUGCUUGGGAUGUUUAGUGGGAACAGAGAAAAAAAGAGAAAAAAAGCAAACAAAAAACCCAAAAAACAAAACAAAACAAAACAAAACCAGCAAAGGGACAAAAGGAGUCAAAACUUGUCUGGUUGAUUAAGGAGCACCAUUGAUAAUGUCCAAGGCAGCAUCCUUCCCUUUCCCUGCACAGAAAGGGGAGAACAAUUGCAGUUCUCAGGGUUUGAAAGGGCCCAUCUCUCCCUGCCCGGGAGGCAGCCAAGCAUUUCCGAAGCAUUUCCGGGCUCCACAUCCCACACCAGCGGGCGGACCCCGGCUGGCUCCUGGCAGCUCCCAGCUCCUCCUGACGCCCAGCCAAGGAGAGGAGCAGGAGCCCGGGGGUGCACACCUUCCUCAGACAGCGGGCAGGGCUGUCCCUGUGCCCUCUGCCCUUCCCGUUCCAGCCACCGCUGUGCCAUGUCCCGCCGGGGACAGCCAGGCUGAGGCUCAGUGGCAGCACAAAGGGGACUCUGCACACAGAUGCAUCCCGUUGGCAAAGGAGUACUGAAAAAUUGGGCGCUUUUUCUCCCUUAACAUUUGUAAACUUCCUUUAAAACCUGUCAGAUUAAAGACAUGGAGUGUACAUGGAAAUUUAGGACCCAAACCCCAUUAACAGGAACAUGAUGGUGCAGCAAUUCCUCCAUGGUUCCAGGUGACCUGCAGUUCAGAAUAAGGGAGCCUGAUCUGGCCUGAGGGGGUUAUUCCAAGUGACUCUUAAAAGCUGGUUUUAACCAAGAGAUUUAAGCCUGAAGUUUUACAGACAGCACAUGGCAUUCAAAUCUCAAAUGGUGACAACUCUGCAGUAAAGUACAGAGAUUCCUCCCCAUGAGAGAGAUGCAAACGACUCCUAUAAUUAACUUAUUAGCAAUUCUAUUAAGUCAUCUAUACCUAACAAUAACACUUGCAAGAAACAAAUAGUUGCAACACAGCUUUUUCCUAAGGAGUCGGGUGUUCUGCAGUCAGUGGAUUCUUGACAUUGCAACACCCUUGUUCAUAGCUGGGGUAAAGGUUGGUGAGCAAUGAAGUGUUAAACAUCCCAUCCAGUCUGUGGAGUUGGCAGACACACUGCACUGAGCCCUGCCAAGAUCAAACGGCCAUGCCAGCACUUCCAGCACAAUACCAGAAAGGAAUCUGAGAUCACUGUUAAAAACCUUUUAAUUUUUAACCCUUAUCAGUCAAGGUAAGAAAAGCACAUGUAGUACAGAGUAGGUUAUCUCAGCCCACAAGUAAAUAUAAAGGAAUGUGAAGAUUGAAAAUUAUAAUUUAGUAGCAGUGCUACACAAGCUGUAACGUAAAAUGAGCUGCUGCACAUUUGGAAAGAAUCAGCAACAUUUGUUUCAUUAUAUCCAAAAGAUACUCCCUGCUCUAAGAAAAUGAGGCAUGAACAGUGUGACAGACUGACAAAAGCUUCACUGCAAGUCACUAGGGGUAAACUUU